AUGCUUCAAGCAAGAAUUACCAUCAUUGCCAUUUGUGUUGUUCAUAUCUUCUUACUGGAAGCAUUUUCUGAUAUUAACUAUGAAGAAUUCUUUUUGAUAUCAAGACUCGGUCCAACUCAGCAUGAAGGAUUUGACUCAAUGCCUUUUACCGAGAAAAUAACACAACAUUGUCUUCAACAUCUUUUGACCUCCCCCGUCGCAUUUAAUAUCAUUCUCAUUUCUGUAGUCCUCAAAAACUGUUUCGAUUACAAGCUAACAACGUCAGAUUGCAGUUUUGUCUCCACCAAUUAUGGUCUUUAUGCCAGAAGCGUUUUAUUCUCAUCAUUUAGCGUGUAA